CAUCGAAUCACUCACGGUUAUUUCUUCUACACACGUGCCCUUCUCCUCACCGAAGCUGCUAUCAUAAAGAACUCGCUCUCUGGUACAGCAGUUUGUUAGUGCAGUCAUGGCCAGACCAAAGGUUUAUUUCGAUAUUUCCAUUGAUGGAGCGCCAGCCGGACGUAUUGUGUUUGAGCUUAGAGCCGAUGUAGUUCCGAAGACUGCAGAGAACUUCCGUGCUUUGUGUACUGGAGAGAAAGGGUUUGGGUUCAAGGAGAGUAAAUUUCAUCGUAUUAUUCCAGGCUUCAUGUGCCAGGGUGGAGAUUUCACCAAAGGAAAUGGAACUGGGGGCAAGUCCAUUUACGGUGAAAAAUUUGCAGAUGAAAAUUUUUCGCUGAAACACACUGGUGAAGGAAUUCUAUCCAUGGCAAAUGCUGGUCCAAACACAAAUGGGUCUCAGUUCUUCAUUUGCACGGCGAAAACCUCUCAUUUGGAUGGGAAGCAUGUGGUGUUUGGAAUGGUGGUGGAGGGAAUGGAUGUUGUAACGAAAAUGGAGGGUGUUGGUUCCCGUUCAGGCAAAACUAGUAAGACAGUGGUCAUCGCUAAUUGUGGUCAGCUGUCAUGAAAAUUCUGCUCUUCAUAGUAAAACUGUAAAACAGUAGUUUGUAAGAAAUAAACUUUCAUGCUCCUUUGCA